GCGAGGAAGAAGCGAAGCGACGUGUGAAUCCGGAGCUGUUGCUGCUGUGUCUGCACACCAAUGAAUACAUAAAUAACUAUAAACGUGUGGUGUACACAAACUUAUACAGAUCUCCAUGGCGUUAUUGACACCGUACAGUAAAGUGCCUGAGCUGAACACCGCCACUCUUCUUUUGGUUGAAAAUGAAGAGCAGCUGCAGUCCAAACUGGCCAACGCCAUAGUGCAAUAUGAGAAAGAGUUCAACGUCAAUGUACGACUAUCCAGAAAACUUCCUCUGCCCGUAGAGAACAAAGGAACCCGACCGCGGAUUGACUUAAUUGUGUUUAUAGUCAAUCUCCAAUCGGAGCGCAGUGUCCAGUCCGUGGAGAGCUCUCUGAAUCACCUGCACUCUGACUGUUUCCUGGGGAAGGUGUGUUUCCUGGUAACCGAUGCUCGAUGUGGUUCUCACACUCAUGAGCGAUUGGUCAGCAUCAGAAAACUGGCUGCUGUACAUCAGUGUCCUGUUCUCUGUGCUGAACACAAGACAGCAGAUGGCGUGAAUGCCGCAGCUGUGCGUCUCCUCAGCAUUUUGAAGGUGUCUGCGGGUAUGUCACCCAUAGCAACCACCGCCCUUUAUCUGUCCACUCUGACCCGCUGCUCCGUGACCUCUGAUGACCUUGAUGAGGAGUGACUUUCAACUGCAAGACGUAGAUGAAUUAGUUUUGCAUAAAGGACUCUGUUAGGACUGUAACUCAGUUUGAUACUUUGAACAUCAAAAAUUCUCACAAGCUCGAAAUUUACGCAUUGCAUAAUAUUUUUAAAAUUGGUGUCCAUUAAUUUUGCAUUGGGGCAUUGUGUGUGUAGUGUGUGUGUGUGUGUGUGUGUGUGUGUGUGUGUGUGUGUGUUCUCCAAAACAGCAGGGGGAGCCAUUGGGUAGGCAAUGUAUUGCUCUUAACACCACUAUUAAAUCCUAAUUAAUACAUUUUUAUAUGUUUUGAUUUAUUUUUAAAGCUGAAUUUGUUGUUUAGAUGUAUUUUUAAGUGGAAGUCUAGUCUGUGCAGUAUUGAGUUUGAGUACACAUGUUAAAAUGCUUUUAUUUUAUAUUUGUAUUCAGGUUUAGGCUAACACAAUUCCCAAAAGUGUCAUGAAGGCCACGACAGAGUCCAGAUAUUUUAAAAUGUAUGACUUGUAUAAUAUAAACCGACUGUAACAAGAGGUUGUUUAGUGAAGUCGUUAAUCACUUUCUAAUCAUCAUUAUUAACUAUUAAUUUUUAAUUGGAUUUUCAGAUUGCAUUUCCCAAUAUAAGACCAUAUGGGGCUGUAAAAUUAGUGCCCCAUUACACUGUGUGCAUUCAACAGGAACCAGC